AUGGAGGAUGCUGAAGAAUUUCAAUGGGAAAAUUACACAGAGAUGAAUGAAUUUAUACUUCAAGGAUUUUCAGAUUUCCAAGAACUUCAGGCUUUGCUCAUUGCUGCAAUAUUUGCCUUCUACUUAGUAUCUAUCAUAGGAAAUGGUCUUAUAUUUACUCUAAUAGGAGCCUGUCCGACAUUACACACCCCUAUGUAUUUUCUUCUCAGAAACCUGUCCUUCCUAGAGGUCUGCUACACUUCAGUCACUGUGCCCAAGAUGUUGGCUAACUUCAUGUUGGACACCAGAAGCAUCUCCUACCCUGGAUGCCUUCUACAGAUGUACUGCUUUGCUCUUUCAGGAACUGCUGAGUCCUUCCUUUUGACAGCCAUGGCAUAUGAUCGCUAUGUAGCAAUAUGUCACCCUUUGCGUUACUUCCUAACGAUGAGCCAGAGUGUGUGUAUAGGACUAGUAGCUGGUUCAUGGCUUGGUGGGACCAUUGUAGCUUUCAUACACGCCAUGUUGAUGCUCAGGUUAACUUUCUGUCACUCCAACACAAUUGACCACUUUUUCUGUGACGUUGUGCCAUUAAUCAAACUGGCCUGUGGGGACACCUCUGUGAAUGAGAUUACACUUUUAGUGAUUGCUACUUUUGUAGUGAUGACCCUUUUCUUGCUGAUCCUUAUUUCAUAUAUUUAUAUAAUUUCCACUGUUCUUGCAAUGCCUUCUGCCGAGGGCAGGCGCAAAGCGUUCUCCACUUGCUCGUCCCACCUGAUGGUGGUCUCUCUGUUCUAUGGAACAUGUAGUGCAAUGUAUUUAGGGAACACUUCUUCCUCAUCAGAAAUGGGAAGUAGGAAUAAUAAAUUAAUUACCCUUCUCUAUACAGUGGUGACCCCAAUGUUAAACCCUAUUAUCUAUAGUCUGAGAAAUAAGGAAGUGAAAGGAGCCCUUAAAACGAUAAUAGACAGGCUAAGAAAUAUCAAGCAUGAACGUUGA